GAUAUAAUUUCGUGUGCGUCGCACCGGGGUAGUCAUCGAGUUCAUCGUUAUCCUAUCGACGGUCAUGACACGCUCUUCAGACUAUUACGAACCACUUGCUGUCAACGAUGCGUCCCAGCCGCCCUCCAACCAAAAGGGAGAUCGGCCGAUCCUGCUCCAAUGGAUAAUCAUCCUCAUCCUUGUAGCCAAUGUCGUCGCUGCUGUCGUUGUAUUUUUGGCCACCCAAGACAUUGUGCGGUCGGUCAGAGAGUUUGGAAGUUUACCCAUUGCGAUAGAGACUUUGUCUCGCCCAGACCCGUUCAUCGGGUUGCGAAAGACUCAUUAAAACUGGAGAGGAGAAAUGGCGGCGCUGGGUUAUCACAUUUGGUUUACAGCUCCUAAGUGGCGUGUUUUUGUUCGGAAAUAUAAUGGUACAGCAAUAUGCCAAUAGUGUCAUAAUCUAAACCGCGUCUGAAGAUGUUAUUUCUAUUGGAAACUGAUUCAAGACGCCGGAAUAUUGCGACCUAUACCCCAGCACAAUUUUAAAUAAAGUCGAUAUUUGGCCGGCAGUC